AUGGUUGUUUUAGCCGCUUCAAUUACAACACGCGCAGGAAAGGCUAUCUUGUCCAGACAAUUCAGGGAGAUCACUAAAGAUCGUGUAUUGGAGUUACUUUCAAACUUUCAAAGUCUGGUGGCCAAUCUCUCUUCUGAGCACACCUUUGUUGAGGACGAGCAUGUGAGAUAUGUUUAUAAACCAUUUGACGACUAUUACAUCAUUUUAAUCACCAAUCGCCAAUCCAAUAUCAUCCAGGAUCUGUCUACACUGAAUCUAUUCGCCCAAACUGUCAACAGUACUUUGAACAGUUAUGAGGAAUCUGAAAUGUAUGAUAAUGCUUUUGAAAUAUUGAGCUCCUUCGAUGAGAUCGUUGUCAUGGGGUACAAGGAAAACUUGUCAAUCACUCAAGUUAACACGUACCUGUCAAUGGAAUCGCACGAAGAGAGAAUUCAAGAAAUCAUCGAGCGUAACAAAGAAUUCGAAGCUACCGAGGAGAGAAAGCGUCGUGCAAAGGAAAUUGCAAGGAGAGAACAGGAGAGAAAAAUGGGAAUUAAUCCAACUGACUUCAGUGUCCCAGUUUCGAACUUUACACCUGGCAAUGAUCCGAAUAUCGCAAAUGCAUAUAACAGUUAUUACAGUCAUGCUUCGCCUGCAGCCCAAGAGUCAUACUUAAAAUCUCAAGCACCAAUUGAAGAUUUGAGCGGACGAGCAGGGGAAGGACACGGUAGUAGAGGUAUGAAAUUAGGAGGUAACUCUAGGAGAAAUAUUGUCAAACCUUCUCGUCCGGCUGUGUCCUCCGCAUCAAGACCGCAGGAACCAGAUGAAAAUGUGCCUGAUAAUAAUGGUAUUUUGAUUCUAAUAAAAGAGACUGUUAAUGCAGAAAUAACAAGAGACGGUGCUAUCUCAUCUUCUGAACUAAAGGGUGUCCUUGAGCUUCGUAUUAACGAUCGUGAAUUGGCACAUGCCAAAUUAAAGUUGAAUGACUCUGUUCAAGUAAAAGAUCGCUCAUUACAAUUUAAGACACACCCCAAUAUUGAUAAGAACGCGUUCCUGUCAACGAAGGUGAUCGGCUUAAGAGACAGCGAAAAAGCGUUCCCAUCUAAUGAUAAAAGUCUUGGUGUGCUUAGAUGGCGCAAAGUGGGUAGUGCUGAUGAUAAGACAUUGGUGCCUCUGGAUAUUUCAACCUGGGUCUCUCCUUCCAACGAACAAGAAGGUGUGUUUGAAGUGACUGUAGAGUAUGAAGUCAAUCCCGAUUAUGAACAGCCUAUUGAAGAAAUAUUAUUUACAAUUCCUGUUUACACCGAGAAUUGUUCUAUAAACACCGAGAAUAAUGAAUCUAAUGCAUGCAUCAUUUCCAUUGAUGAAGAAUUGGGUAUUAGUAUAAAAGUUGAUCCAAUUUCUCCUGGAUCUUCAGGUGUCUUUGGAUUUAAUAUCGAAUCGGGCGAUGAAGACGCACUGUUCCCAUUGAACAUUGACUUUGCACACACUGAAAGCAACGGCAAAAGUAUUACUGGCAUGGGAAUCAACAAUGUCAUCAGUUCCAGGGAAGAAGAUAGAGCUUUGCCCUAUGAUAUCAUAACCUCGUUGAAGAGUGAAGAGUAUGUCGUUGUCUAG